AUGUCCACUACGACCGCUACUGCGACGGAAGCCGAAGCGCCGCCCAUCAAGUUGACUUUGGCGUACGAUGACAAGAUUCAUGACCAGUACAAAUACUCACAGUACCUACCUGUCUAUGACGAGAAAACAUCGCUUCCCCCGCUGCAGCCGUUCGAGUUCAACGAUCGCGGGCUGGCAGCGAACAAGGAAAAGCCAAAUCUCCUCCCGAAAGACAAUACUACCAUUAAAGCCACCAAACUCACGCCGGUCAUUGGAACCGAAAUUCGAGGGCUUCAACUCUCUCAGCUUGACGACAGACAGAAGGAUGAACUAGCACUUCUCAUCGCCGAGCGAGGCGUGGUUGUCUUUCGCGAUCAGGAUUUCAAGGAUAUCAGUAUUGAGCAACAAAAAGAAUUUGGGCGAUACUUUGGGCCUCUUCAUAUCCACCCCGUAGGCGCGCACGUCAAGGACCAUCUCGAGUUCCACAACAUCUACCUGGGCCCCGACAACGAGUACCGCAACCGCAGCAAGAGCAACAAGCUCUCGACGAUCGGUUAUCACUCAGACGUGUCGUACGAGCACCAGUCGCCAGGUGUCACCAUUCUGACACUCCUCUCGGUGCCGGAGACGGGGGGUGAUACGGCAUGGGUAUCGCAAACAGCUGCAUAUGCGCGGCUCUCUCGGCCCAUUCAGGCGCUUCUCGAAGGUUUGAGGGCUGAGCACAGCGGGUUUCCACAAGCGGACAACGCGAGACGAGAUGGUAAGUUCGUAAGGAGGGAGCCGGUCAAGUCGGCGCAUCCGGUCGUCCGGAUUCACCCGGCGACUGGUCAGAAGGCGUUGUUUAUCAACCCGGGCUUUACAAAGAAGAUCAUUGGACUUCGUGACGAGGAGUCUGACGCGCUGCUGAAGCUUCUCUUUAAGCACAUCACCCUUGGCCAGGACUUCCAGGUCCGCAUCAAGUGGGAGGAGGGCACAGUAGCCCUUUGGGAUAACCGCGUAACAGCGCACACGGCCAUCUCGGACUACAACGUCCACAACCCCCAAGAAGGGCUGCGGCACGGGUUCCGGAUCACAACGCUGGCAGACAAACCAACGGGGGUGAAUGGCUUGGAGUCCACGUGGUAG